GCAGACAUGACACAGGCCGGUUCAUUCAGUGUUACAUUGACUGGUUCAUACAUAAUGUUAUACAUUGGAAUGGACUUGUGAAUCAUUCUGUACUGACUGGCCAAAUUGUUCUAAGGAUGAAGGGCCCUGUUCCACACGCUGACCCAUCUAAAUACAGUGAAUCUUCAUUGAAUCAAGGAGGAUCCAGUAACGACUCCAAGCGACCAGCAUUAGGAAGCAGAGAGAACACGAUCCGAUCAGAAAGUGCCCUCACCCCAACCAGAGGGGACCGCUAUUCUGAAAAAGUUCGCUCAGCCUCAGAAAAUGGGGCAUUCUUCACAAACAUGCCAAAACUGGCCUCAACAGCGGAUGUGGAAUUUAAAGAGUGUACAAAUACUCCAUCAUAUUUAAAACUUAGUUGCGCUGUGAGUGGUUAUGGGAGAUAUAGUCAGUACAGUUCAUAUAAAUCUAUAGAGAAACGCUCACCGUAUUCUAGCUGUUCAUCUUUACAAUCGGAUUACAAAAUGCCGGUCACCAGAGUGACCUCUCCUAUGAGAAGAACUUCUGCCUCUAACAGUACUCUAGAACUGGGCCUUAUAUGUCCCCAGCCCUUAGUGUAUGAUAAUGGACUUGUUACAAAUGGUGCAUCAGGGAACGGACAGGGUGUGUUACCAGACGAUCACUACCCCACGGGAGACAAACAACAGGAUGGGGAAUACUUCCUGAGACUUACCCAGCAGUGGGAGGACCGAUUAAUGUCCCACUGUCGUCAGAUAGAGGGAGACCUAGAGAGUCCCAGCACCCCAGAGGACGUGCGAGGUAAAAUCCGAGCAGCUGUGGGUAAAGCUAAUCUGCUGAUCUCCCAGAAGUUUAAGCAGUUCCGGGAGCUGUGUGCUGAACACAUGAAUCCCUCUGAGGAUGGUAAGGUGUUGAAGUGGGCGGACCUACAGGGAUUCUGGGAUAUGAUUAAGAUCCAGGCGGACAAUAUCGAUGACCACUUUGCAGAGCUGGACCUGAUGAGACAGAAUGGGUGGAAGGAACUCGCAGUCCAUUCAAGAGGAAGUUCUGUAAAUUCAAGUCCAAAGUCUGGAAGUAUAUCACUGAGUAAUGGUAGCACGCCUAGCGGAACACCGGGAUCUCGAAGGAAAGCUCCCAAAGCAAAAGACACGCCAGAUUCCUCACCAGAGAGAACAGAAAAAAUGAGGGCAGCAGCAAAGGCACGUGAGGAGGCGCGCAAGAAAAUGCUGGCGGAUCGACGGGCAGCAAUGAAACAGAAACAAAAACAGGAGGAUGUGGAGAUAUUCUCCUGA